AGGUUGUUCUAUCAUCAGACAUGGAAACUCCAAAAUGAGAUUGAACCAACAUGGAAAACAGCCAAAUUCUGCAUGAUGGAAUAAGCGUGAAAGGAGUACUUUUGUAAGACGACACAACGAUGUUGUUCAUGCCGAAAAUGUUAGAAUCUUAGUCAAAUCCUUCAUACAUAUAUCGGUGAGUGGAGAGAUCCUGGAGUUUUUUGAUUUUCAUAAAAGAUAAACUGAGAUGCAACACAAAAGACAUGGUAUUGUACGGAGUGGAAAGCAAACUAUCGAACUAAAGAAGUGAAGUGUUGGCGUUUAGGAUUCUCAUGCGAAUUACGUGGCUUUUCAGAUGGACUGAUAUAUGCGAAUAUUCGCGUAACGCUUCUACUUCUUUGGACUUCUGUACCCGAUGGUCCGUGACUUAGAUCACGUGGUACUUAAUAUAUCCAAGAUGGCGGACACGGGAGCUGUGUUAUACUCUCUAAACGAGAUGGAGAACUCCACCAUGUUCAAGACGAACAGCACUGGUGGAAACCCCUGUGGAAAUAUAUUAGACACGGGCAUCCAAAAUACUAUUAUAGUAGAGGAUUUUGUGGUUUACGGUAUAAUGAUAACAUUUUUCACACUCGUUGGUGUUCCACUCAACAUAUUGACAAUCCUUGGUUUCUCAAGAGUCAAGAAGCUCUCUUCGCACACUUUCCUUCUGCAAACGUUAGCAGGGGCAGACACUUUCUUCAUGCUGAUGGUGUUCGUGGAAUACUCGCUGCGGACGUGGUACGAAGUGUUCGGCGCGUCGCGCCAGUGGGAUGUAAUAUUCUAUCAUAAUUUUUUUGUGAUUAAAAAUUUUACGGGGAUCGCAUCUGAUCUUGCAGUCUGGAUGGUCGUGCUUGUCUCGGCUGAUCGCUACAUUGCUGUGUACCAUCCGACACGUGCCAUCAAAUUCUGCCAAAUCAAACCAGCCUUUAUCGCAGUUGUCACUAUGUUUCUAUACGUCAUGGCCUUCAAUUUCCACAACUUCUUUAUGUUCAGCAUUGAGGUGAUAGGCAACGAAACUUGUCACGAUCACAUAAUUAUACAUAAUACUAGUGGUGCGUAUGAUAUGACUUAUAAUAUGGCCGAUAGCUUCAUAAACGUCGUCUUGCCCAUGCUGCUCGUCACGCUGAUGGAUACCCGGAUGAUAAUCGCACUCAGGAGGUCAAAAAAGCGCAUGGGCAAGCGGAAGGACGAAGCUUCGUCCACAGCAACUGUUGUCUUGGUGGUCCUGGCGACCACAUUCGUUCUGUGCGAGAUUCCCACCGCCGUGGAGAUCUUCAUGCGAGUUUUCGGGGAGACGUCGUACCAUUAUGAACUAUCGCUCUCUUCAACUGUGUUCUCGGUCUUUAACUCCUUUAUCAAUUUCUUCAUAUAUAUUCUGAUAGGAAAGACAUUUAGAGACGCCCUAAAAGCAGCGUUAUUCGAGUUCUUCUGCUGCGGUCGCAAGAAGAAAAAUGCGUACUACAAAACUAAUACGGCGACGACAAGUAUGGCGUAGUGCUCCGUAGUGAACUUGUAUAAGACUAUGGCGUACUGACAUGUGAUUAUUGAAAAGUUUCCGCUGGAACGUCUUCAGAUUUUGUCUGUGUCAACCUCGAUCCAGGGGCUAUUUGUGUCCUCUCAUCAAUAUGGAUAUUGAACGUAUAGCCACCGGGAAGAAGCUUGGUUGAUAUGGAAACGUGGAGUCAGCUGCAAGCUCUUUGACUUCCACUCUUGUGAGUUCCAUGAACUUUAGGCCUUCAACUAAGAAGGCUGCUGAUGUUUGGAGCUGAUGGCUAAAUGUAGUGAAGGUACUACGAACCACAAAACUAACAAAAUCAAACAUGGCAUCGAGCAGUCGGGCGAGCGGAAUCAAUUCCAAUUUUUGCGGGACCCAUGCUCCGUAUCCUUCGUGACUGUUGUUGACAAAUGCAUGCUCAAUAUCUAACCACACAACAAGCAACGUUAAGUGCCUAAUCAAAUGCUUAUGACUGAUGCACGUACAGAUGUACACCGCAUGUGAAGAGGGUGCCGGAAUCUCUCAGGAUAAGUCUAGCUUCACCCCGCAUGCGCACUUUGACGAUGUUGCUUUUUUAAAAGGUCACUGGUGACUGAUUUUUGAUUACUUAAACGACACAUGUACAUGAACUGAGAAAACGUGUCUUCUUUGAAAUACCUCAAGGUGGCUCUCUGAUAUUUGGUAAUCGGAGCACAAAAAAGAAAAACGGAAGAACUACAUUACGUUAGCUAUAUGCGCAUUGAUUUCUAUAUGGUAGGUGGCACCCAAGUAUUUCAUAGCUGGCACAUUUUCUCUUCCACCACGUCAUUUAAAGUGUAAUUAGAAUACUUAACUGUUAUGAUCAUAAUUUCAUAUAGCUCUUUUUUCUUUGAGACAUUGUAUAUAUAUAUAUACAUUAUUGUACUCCACAAUGAUUGAUUUGUCACAUACCGUAUACUCCUAUAUCUAAAUGAAACAGAUUUCUAUGAGCAAAGAAGGCCCAUAUGUUUGAUGGGAACACAUAUUGCUUGCCCAUCUGCGGGCCACAGCCUUUGGUAUGGCCACAGACGUAUAGAAGUCCGUGGUAUAGCUUUUGAUUCAGGGUUGACUGUAAGUACCAGCAUUUUGGCUAGAACUUAAUCAUAAAGCAAUAAGUAUUUCUUCAAAAUGAGGUGAAUGCCUAUUUAAAACCUGGGAGGCUGUCUUCUGGAAAACAACGGACACUCCCGUCCUUGAAAUUGGCAUUCACUUCGUUUUGAAAGAGUUCUAAUUGCUUUAGAAUUUCAAGUUUUCGCCAAAAUGGUGGUGCCUAUUGCCGGUCAACCUUCAGGCCUGGCAGCACGGUCAGAAUAGCCAUAAGCCAUCAAUGCCUACCUGGAAUACUAACGGUACUUUCGAUGGGAAUACGGAGUGUUCAUGGUGAUGAAAUGCCCAACGUUGAACAAUUUUUACACAGCUGGUGAUUAAGCUACGCCAUCUUGUCUUAGAUCGCAGAAGUUGGGAAUGUUAGAAGGUGGCUAAGCUGCUUGAUGAGAGCACCCUGGUAUUAUCUGUUGAUCACUUGAUUGCAAAGAAAGAUAAUUUAUUCUCCAUGUAGCUUGCUGUGAAAGUAACUUUAGGUCCCCUGCUGAAAUGUUAUCCUACCAUUUUUCGGUGAUGGAUAAAUGCACGGCCUGACAGGAGAUGCCACGACUUGAUAUAUCCUUGUUGCCUCGACUUUCAACGAGGGGUCUAGCUUCCUUUCACACCGCGAGUCAAAAGCAUUCGUGUAAAUUGAUUGUCAGCCUGAUGCCGUUGUCCAGGGAAAAUAGUGGACAAAUCGAAUGGGUGCAACUAUGUUUGUUGCCGAUUGUGUUGUAUUAGGCGUGUAGUAGCGAAUUUUACUAAAAAUGCACAAGCGUACACAGCUAUAUUACAGAAUGGUUGCGAAACCUUGCUAUUAUUGAACUGAACAUAUUUCGUUUGGUCGACAUGCACGCUGGACGGAACUUCAAUCGAGAGUGGAAUGGCCCGCUCCGUAAUAUAGCCUUGUGCGGGUUUUUUUACAGCUGAUGUGGCAUUGCGUUUUGUAUACCACAGUCAUGCGGUAGUAAUGUCUUUCUUGUGAGCAUAUGACUGGUUUCUAAUCGUCCGAGAUAAAAUCAAGAAACCGAAAAGCCUGAUAAUACAAUUGUUAAGGUUUUCUUGAUCCGGUUCGAUUUCGUUUUAGAGUGUGCAUUUAUAUAAUGUAUAUAGUCUUAUCCUCAUGAGAUAUAUAACAAACUUUUUUUCAAAUGAUUUUUUUCUUUUUCUUUUUCCUGGUUCUUUUAAUACCACAUAUUUCUUCUUUUUCUGGUAGUCGUGUUAUUAUUAUCACAUUAUGUACAAGACACCGUACCUUUCAAUCCCCAAACUGAAUUAAGUGAAUAUACUCCUCGCAGUAACAGCAGUAAGUGUGUAUCACUGCUUUGAUUGGCCGCCACUGAAUCUGAAUGAGCUGAAAUCGAUCAUUCCAGGAACUUUUGGACAUUUUCUGCCUUUUUUAUUCCAAAAGUUCAAAAAAGGUUGUCAUAUUGCAUUUCGAGUCGACAUUCGAAAUAUUUCCCCUGAAAAUGAAGUGUUUAUACGUUUUUUGUGGUUUUAUGCGCACUAUUUUCGUAGCGUAUAUGGACAAUUGCUGUGUGAUCACUGAUCGAUGAGUGGCAAUUUUAUGUGCAGACGAUGAUGUAAAGCGUGGUAAUUUUGACCCUCGAGCAGUUUUAAUCUGCUCAAAAUAGGAGUAAAUAUUCACAUUUUUUAAUAUCAAACAGGAUUUACAUUUCACAUUACAGUUUACUCGAAUAUGUAUAGUAAGUUGUCACAUUUAGGCUGCGUACAUUUGUGUAUAUCAAACGUGCAAUACACGUGCAAUGUUCGCCAAUGUGGCAGAGUUGAUAUAUUGUAUUGUGUCGGUGAGGAGAAAGGGGAUGAAACUCACUUCCUUACGGAUUACAAACAGAAGAUUCCCCUUCUGUCAGGAAUUUCCAUAAUUAUUCAGUGCUUUUAUUGACUUCUAAUCAACAAGCUGUUUAGUUAACGCAUGGUCACGUGAUAGAUCUCCAUAUUGAUCAAUUUACUCGAGUAAUUUGAGACCACUUCCCGAGAAUAUGAAAUCAACAUUGACUGAUUUUUACAAAACAACGAAACGCGUAAGUGCUCUUAGAGAGCGCUAGGCAGUAAACGUUUUACACGAGUAACACAAUACUAUUGUUUUUGUAAUUAGGUUUGUUGGCCAUUUCGUUUUUAUCGUUUUUCCGCCACGCACAUUUUGAACUCGAGGUAUCAUUUACUUGAUUGCAAAUGUUUUAAUGCUGUGCCCGAUGAUAUGUGACCAAUGGUACCAGCGGUAAAGUCGCGCUUACUUCUCAGUGGGCAGCAUAAACAUAAUUUUAAAAAAAUCAAUUCUUAGGACUCAACCGGUCGGUUCUAGGCCGGAGAAUAAAUAGAUAAAACUGCAAAUCUGUUCAAAGAGCGUUAUUUCGAAGUGCAUUUAUAUUAGAAGAACAACAUGUCCUCUGUAGGACUGAAUUAGAUUGAAGGGUAUUUCUUAAAGGGGGCUAUAGGACGCAGCGAAGUUGGCAUUAGAUUAAUUUACACGAAAUCGACCAUAGAGGUCUCUCCUAUAGCCCUAUAUUAUGUACAUUGAAACUAAACGCUUGCACCUGGAACAUGUUUAUCGCUGAACGAAACUAAACCCAUUUCCUGACUCAAGAGAAAGGCGUCCUUUAUAAGUGCCAGUGUGUGGGUGCGCGCGCGUGUAUGUAGAUAGCGGUGUGCGAGUGAGAAAGCAAGGAUGGCCGAAUUGCAGUUGUGCGUAACACGUGUGCGCGUGGAUACAUGUAUGUCUGUCGGUUUGUUUGUGAUGGAAGAUGGUUGAUUGUUUCUGUGCCGCGCCCACGAAUACGGAUGGAAACUUUCCCUGGAUGUUGCCCAUAUGGAUGGUGUUUUUUUGUAAAUUUUCCGAGCAAUACCAUCAACGCGCGCUUUGGUUUGCUUGUCAGCCUCAUCAACCGACUGUUAAACGACCAACGCACGGGACAAAAGACACAAAGCAACAAUUAUCGAAAUUUUACACGAACUCCAGACGUGCGUCAUGGUUGAAAGUGUUGAUGCUCACCCAUCGAAUAUAUGCUGUUAAGAAAUUAAAGAAAUAAAUAUUCAUAAAGCUUCAAUUAUUUUUUUAACCAUUGGAGAGUUUCAACCCAUAUUUGGGACAUCCGAUGGGCGCGGUACAGUCCCCCACCCUCAGCUUGAUUGCGAAUGUACAUUGUAUUGGAUGUUUGGCUGCUGUGAAGAGGCGACUGUGUCUAGUGUAUGAUGUAUGUGUGAUAAAGUAGUCCGGGUGAUAGCACGAAAGAAUCUGCUAUGGUCACUGUAACCACAUAGACUUGGUCAGGGCUUGGACAGUUUGACAUUCACGAAUUGAUCUGCUCUUUUCGAGCUCAGCUCUCGCCGAUUGUUUGAAUUCGUCAAUGAACCAUCUUUAUACAAGAAUGUAACUUGAAGCUUCAAGAUGGAGUCGCGACGUUUAAGGUGAUGGUGAGAAGUCUAGCUAUCAAAUGGAGACGGCUCAUGACGAGUUCAGAUUCAGUUGUGACCAUGUAGCCUGAAAGAAGAUCGAGUGACUGCAUGAAUUUUGUGGUGUCCCAUGAACUGAGUGUUUGCGACAUGAGAAUGAAUCCACUCCACCCAUACAGCCAACCCAAUCUUUACAAUGAAAUAUAUUCUCCAGAUUUGAUAUACCGCCAGCUAAGAUUGUUUGAACAACGACUUCCGUUUGUUAUGUUUUUAAAUUUCAAUGUUUUUCUUCACAUUAAUUAUGAAGGCCUAAUGCUUUAUCAGUUUUGUAACGUUCAUUGCCUUUAAAUUUCACCUACUUAUUGUACAGUCUAAUAUUGUAUAUCGUAUGUAAAAAGUAUAUUUCGUUUCAAUGAAUGAUGUCAAGUUGCAAUAAAUACAUUUUGUCAAUACCAAUAAAGGAAUAAAA